UACGCAUACAUUUACAUAUAUCGCUCUUAUACGUCUAAAUACGUAAAUAUAUAAUAGGAGCAGUAUAACGCGAUUUAUUUAGUCGUGCUACGCGCAGUGAACGCUUGAAGGUCUUUUGUCUCGUUUGGGGAUUUCAUUGUUAUACAUCAAACUUAACCUGUUCCGUUAAAAAUUUAUUAAAAUCGUAGAAAUAUGAGGGAGAUUGUACACGUACAAGCUGGACAGUGUGGAAAUCAAAUUGGUGCUAAGUUUUGGGAAGUAAUAUCAGAUGAACAUGGUAUUGACCCGACUGGCACCUAUCAUGGAGAUUCCGAUCUUCAGUUGGAAAGAAUCAAUGUUUACUUUAACGAAGCCACAGGUGGUAAAUAUGUCCCUCGUGCUGUUUUGGUCGAUCUUGAACCUGGUACCAUGGACUCUGUGCGAUCUGGACCAUUCGGGCAAAUCUUCAGACCCGAUAAUUUUGUAUUUGGCCAAAGUGGUGCUGGCAACAACUGGGCAAAAGGUCACUACACAGAAGGUGCAGAACUGGUAGAUUCUGUAUUGGACGUUGUGAGGAAAGAGGCUGAAAGCUGUGAUUGUCUGCAAGGAUUUCAGUUGACUCACUCUCUGGGUGGUGGCACUGGGUCUGGCAUGGGAACAUUGUUGAUCAGCAAGAUCCGUGAAGAAUAUCCUGACAGAAUCAUGAACACCUUCUCAGUCGUACCUUCUCCAAAAGUGUCUGACACAGUUGUUGAACCAUACAAUGCCACAUUGUCUGUCCAUCAGUUGGUAGAAAAUACAGACGAGACAUAUUGCAUUGACAAUGAAGCCCUUUAUGAUAUCUGUUUCCGUACCUUGAAAUUGACCACACCAACUUAUGGUGAUUUAAAUCAUUUAGUGUCUGCGACCAUGUCAGGUGUAACUACCUGUCUCCGCUUCCCUGGACAGUUAAAUGCUGAUUUAAGAAAAUUGGCUGUAAAUAUGGUACCAUUCCCCAGGUUACAUUUCUUUAUGCCUGGUUUUGCUCCACUAACCUCCCGGGGUAGCCAACAGUACAGAGCUCUGACAGUUCCUGAAUUAACUCAACAGAUGUUUGAUGCUAAAAACAUGAUGGCUGCUUGUGAUCCUCGUCAUGGUCGCUACCUCACCGUGGCAGCCAUGUUCCGUGGUCGUAUGUCGAUGAAGGAAGUUGAUGAACAGAUGCUAAAUGUACAGAACAAGAACAGCAGCUACUUUGUUGAAUGGAUUCCUAACAAUGUGAAGACAGCCGUUUGCGAUAUUCCUCCACGAGGUUUGAAAAUGUCUGCAACAUUUAUUGGUAACAGCACAGCUAUCCAAGAACUUUUUAAGAGAAUCUCAGAACAGUUCACUGCCAUGUUCAGGCGGAAAGCUUUCCUCCAUUGGUACACAGGUGAAGGUAUGGAUGAAAUGGAGUUUACAGAAGCUGAAUCUAACAUGAAUGAUUUGGUUUCAGAAUACCAACAGUAUCAAGAUGCUACAGCUGAAGAGGAAGGCGAAUUCGAAGAGGAAGGUGAAGAAGAGGCUUAAAUGACAUCUAUUCGCUUUUAUUUCUUCUUUUAUUUUUUGACAUUCCAUUUCGAAACCCCCUCUCCUAAUCUCCAUGAUUGGUUUUCUUUUCCACCUCUAUUCAUGAAGAAGAAAAAAAAACUGUUGGUCGCCAAAACUCAAGUGUUCUCGAGGUUACCUUGACUAAUGUAAAGUGUUGAAUAAAAAUCUUGUAAAUUAUA